AUGUCCGAGUCCGCCAAGCAACGUGUCCAGGCGAUUGGUAACCAUCUUGCCGCCAAUAAAGUCAUUCCAUCCGUUGUCAAGAUGGCUGGCGACUCGAAUGGACCUAGAGUAACUGGGAAAGUGGUUAUCAUCACCGGGGCAAACUCCAUUCUCGGUAUUGGCCGAGCAUCUGCUCAUCAGUUUGCCCAGAACGGGGCAAAGGCAGUCUACAUCUGCGACUACGAUGAUUCCAACCUUGAAGAACACAAGCGCGAGAUCGAAACACUAUAUUCCAGCGCGAAUGUACACACGCGACAGUUUGAUGCUGCUGAUGAAAAAGCCAUCAGCGAGGUUGUCAAGGAUGCUCUGGACCGGUACGGACGGCUCGAUGUCUUCUUUGCCAAUGCCGGAAUUAUUGGCCCUCAUACCAAGUUCUCCGACGUUGAAGCUGAUGAGUUUAUGGAGACGAUGCGGGUCAACGCGCUCGGCCCCUUUCUUGCCGCCAAAUACGCGGCGCCGGCCAUGCAAAAAACAUCGGCGGAGAAGCCAAAGUCCUCCGGGAGCAUUAUCAUGACAGCUUCGGUAGCCGGUUUGCGGUCCAACGCCGGUGGGACGCCAUACUCUGCUUCAAAGGCAGCCGUCGUCAGCAUGGCACAAACCAUUGCCUACCAACUGGUCGGGACCAACAUCCGGGUCAACGCUCUCUGCCCCGGCCUGAUCGAGACGGCUAUGACGGCGCCCGUGUUCGACAGCGCACGAGCUCGGGGUACCGAAGGUAAGAUUGGACAGCUCAACCCUCUCAGGAGGGGUGGACAUGCUGACGAGAUUGCGCGUGUGGCCUUGUUCCUGGGAAGUGAUGAGAGUAGCUAUGUCAACGCGCAAGCAUGGGCGGUGGAUGGUGGUCUAAGUUCUGGCCAUCCUUAUGUGCCUGGCAAGAUUGCGUAG